AUGGUCGAAUCAGCUAAGCUGUGGUCCACGGACCUUGGCCUGCCGGCUGACUGCGUCGAGUUCUGUCCAGUUAGACCCGAAUUGUUCGUCGUUGGGAUGUACAAGUUGGAUGAAGAGGCAGGCGAGCGUCACGGUGCCUUGACUACCUUUCAGUGGCAUGGAGGAGCAGACGUGCAGCUGUUGUGCCACUCUGGCUCCUUGCCGGGAGCGCUCGAUGUCAAGUGGAGGGACGACAUACUGGCAGGUGCCUUCUCCGAUGGCUCAGUGCGGCUAUGCCAGCUGCGGAAGGAACGGCUGGAACCAGAGGCUUCGUGUCAGGCCGCAAACUGCCUGGCACUGGCUGUGGCUUGGGCACCGGGGGGAGACAAAUUGGCUGUAAGCUGCUCCAACGGGUCUGUUUCGAUACUGAGCUGUGGAUCAGCUUCCUUGGAGUCCACGGCGGAGAUCCAGUGCCACAACUUUGAAGCUUGGACGGUUGCGUGGGAUGCUGCACAGCCGCACGUCUUUUACACUGGAGGUGAUGACUGCCGAUUCUGCUGCUGGGACGAGCGGAGCCCUGCGCAGGCUGUCCGUACCUUGCGCAGGCACACCAUGGGAGUGACAGCCAUCGCGCCACAUCCCAGCCAGGAUCACGUGCUGGCGUCGGGCAGCUAUGACGAGCAAGUACUGCUGUGGGAUACACGGAGCUUCUCCAAGCCUUUGGCCGAGGGCCAGGCAGGGGGCGGUGUCUGGCGGCUUCGCUGGAGAACGGGCCCCCCGCAUCAGCAGCAGUUGCUGGCUGUUGCUGCAAUGCAUGGAGGAGCGUGUGUGCUUGCCUACAGCUCUGCAGAUGUCCUGCAGCGUGUGUGCACUUUCGACGGCCACCAGUCCAUGGUGUACGGCAUCGACUGGGCAGGCGAGGACACCCUGGCGUCAUGCUCCUUCUACGACAAGCAUCUGGCGCUGUGGCGGCAUGACAACCUCCGGGAAUCGUAGCUGUGCCACAAAUUAUGCAGCAUUACAAGAUUAGGAAGAGCAGCCAAUUCACCGCAAGCUGCCUGAGCAGAACAUUAUUGCGUUUUUGUAUUUCUCUUCCAUUUUUUAUUAUUUUUUUUUUAUGCCUCUGCUGACAUGGCAGGGACUGGCAGAGGCAGCUAUUUUCAAGCUAUCACUUUCGGGGAUACGAUCACUUUCGCAAGGUUUCACGUGACAUGGCACCGGGCACAUUACAGCUGACGGCGUUCCUGGUACCAGACAAAGACAGCGAGUUAGGCACAGUACCAGAAAUGCUGCCAGCCGUACAAGCCAACAUGUCCAGUGCCAAGUCACACAAAAUCUCACGAAAGUGAAAGUGACCGCUUGAGAAUACCACCCCAAUGGUCUCUGAGUCACUGCCACACUCUCUCUGAAAUUUGCCUUAAAAUAAAAUGUACUUAGCAGAAGCAAAAACACCUUGUAUAGAUAAAAAAAAAGUGCCCUUGUUCCUCUAUCAUUGUUAAAUGUAUGCCUUAUUUAUUACUGCUGGAUUGCAAAACAGGGACCAAGCAGGCAAGCUACUGCCAAUAGGUCACUCCACGAAGUAAAUGGUGGCACAAACCUCUCAGCGAAAUGAAAAACAUAAAGCAAGCAAAGUGUCAUGUUUUGUAAAACCAAUGCUGCUGCUGUGGUGUUUGCGCCUUUGGUGAAACAUACACUUAGGGUUGCCAACUAUCCCAAAUUUGGUGGGACCAGUCCCAACUUUUUGAGUAAAGGUAACAGACUUGUUGAAUAGCAUUCAAUAAACAGGAUUUCCUUUUUAU